AUGCAAGCUACGUUGAUGGACUUCAACACGUCUCCGACCUAUCAGUAUGCACCCAGCCAGCGUCGGCUUCCUUGGCCGUCGAUCGCCUCUGAUGCGCAUCAUCCGGGUUUCCGUUUGCCGGGACUCGAUGCCAGCGCGGGGGAGAUUCAUGCCGAGCAUGUGGCCGUGGUGAAGGAGAUGCUUGCACGCCUUAGACGUCUUGAUCUGAUUGAAAAGCUGCUCAACGAGUAUUACACCCACAGCCCUGCGGCUCUUGUUCCUGGUCCACUUGUGUUGCCCGCUGUCGUCGCACUUCGGACCCACAUGAACGAUGUCUCAGCAUCUGCGGUCGCAACCGAUGACCCAACCCUGCCGGUUGCUGAACGAAUCAUUCAGUCGACAUUGGCGGACAUUCACAUCGACGUGGACCUAGCACCGUCGAAAUUCUGUGAAUCCUACGCUGGGAAAAGUCUUCGUCUCGAAGCCAUUGGCCUCCUCUUCGCUCUCGCAGGCCGCUCGUGUCUAUUGAGUCCCGGCAGGGACGAUUGGCGGGAUGAAUUCGUGAAUACAAUGUUUCGCUGUAGCACAUGCUGCCUUCAGCUUGCGCGGGAAAUCGCGCCGCAAGUCAAUGAUCCUAUGGUGUGGUUGUCAUACGAAAAUCUCUUAUUGACAAUGUCUAUUCAAGGAGAUGCUAGUCCUAAUGUAUGGCGUCGCCUCGGCGACCUGUCGACCGACGUGUAUGCCCUCGGCGUCCACCGUGAGUCGACCCACGCAGGGAAAGUGCCGUUCUAUAUUUCAGAGUGUCGGCGGAAAAUGUUUGCAUCCGCCUACCAGGUGGACAAGCUCAUCUGCACAUUUUUCGAUAGACCCCCAAGGAUUCUUCGGCGUUAUGCUGAUUGUAAAAUGCCACUGGAUCUCACUGAUGACGAAAUUCUUGUCGCGGCGGAUGAAGUUGAGCGAGUAGGUCUUUUACUGGAUUCUGAAGGUUGGAGUGCUACAGCGCGCUUUACCAGCUCCACCUGGGCACGUCUGCGCUAUAUCCUUGGCGUUUUCAGAGAGGAGGUUUUGGAGUUCCCCUUCCGCCCCCUUACGACUGAAAACAAGGCGAAGCUGAUGCAAGAAUCUUUCAGAAAGAUGCCAGCAGGCAUGGAGAGGUUUACCCGACCACCUCAAAUAUACACACCAAUGCUGGACAUCGGGAAUUGGAGCUACAUCUCGGCGGACAUCAUUGAAGUCAUUGUACAAUUGGGUAAAUCGCGCGACAAAGCAAUCCUUCUACGGCACGACUUUCCUUACGUCGUAGUGAACUACGGCCUCCCUAGCGCUGCCACGUUAGUGGCGGCUCUGCAGACCAUUACAAAAAGCCAGCGGCCUGCGCCGCUGCAAAACCUCAGUCGCUCAGCGCUCAUACGCAGCUUGGUGGUCUUUACUUCUUACCUCGAGAGCAUUGGCGACACGGGUGAGGCAAUUCAUUCGACAUGUGUGCAAGCUGCGCAGGUGAUCUCUCGCACCCUGGAUAAUAUGCUCGACGAGCCACCCUCCACAUCUAAUACAACACCCGUCGUGGCUGGAACGUCUAUGUUUACUGAUCUUCAAAGCGCGCUUUUCUCACCCUCGGAGUUCCUGCAAUCUGGGCUUGACACUAGUUUCCCAAACUUUGACUUGCUCAAUAGCAAUGCAUUAGACGGUGUUGAUCUGUCUGGAUGGCUAAAUGAUAUUACAUGGACAAACAAAUUCUCUGGAUAG